CAGCAAUGACAAAGCCAUGCCACUUCGUCCUCGUUCAUGGGGGUAGUCACGGGGCCUGGUGCUGGUACAAGAUCGUCAACUUGCUCCAGGCCUCGGGCCACAAAGUCACGGCCUUGGACCUCUCGAGCUGCGGCACGCACACCCGGGACGCCGAGACUGUCACCUCCUUCGCCGAGUACACUCAACCUUUGAUUGAUUUCCUCAGCAAAGUGCAAGACAAGGUUGUGCUCGUCGGCCACAGCUUGGGAGGGGUGAGCGUGGUCCACGCCUCGGAACAGUUCCCGGAGAAGGUUGCGGUGUCGGUAUACAUCGCCGCUGCCAUGUUUCCAGUGGGACUACAAACGCAGGAGGCCGAAAUCAAUUUGGUGCGAGCAACAGAGUCUUUCCCCGACAAGAUGCACUUUACAUUCGCAAAUGGAGUCGAAAACGGACCGACGACUGUCAUGGUCCGGAAGGAUUUUGUCCGUGAGGCGUUUUAUCAUCUCUCACCAGCAGAGGACGUUGCGCUCGCGUCGAUUCUCUUGAGGCCUUCACCAAUCGCGGCGGUGUCCAAGGUAAACUUUAGCACUUCUAAGAGAGGCUAUGGAUCCGUGCCAAGGGUGUACGUAAAGACGGAGAAGGACAGGUCGUUUAGCCCCAGAGAGCAGGACAUUGCUGUGACCAAGAGCUUGCCGGACAAGGUCUACAGCAUAGAGUCGGACCAUUCUCCUUUCUUCUCGGCUCCUCAAGAGUUGCAUCAACUUCUGCUCCAGAUUGCGGCAGACUUCUGUCGAUGAAAACAAGGAUUUUUAUUCAACGAAAAAAAAUAUAAAUAUAUUUUGAUUAUAGAUCAAAACUGGAAUGUUUGUUGUUGCUAGUUUCCAGAUUUCUGGUGCCUCAAUCUAAAAGUUGUGAUUUCAUCCGUUCA